AAAAAAAAAAAAAAAAGGAAAUGAAAACAUACUCGACCCUGAGUAAACACAAUCUGUGUAAUGGAAAAAAACUGUACAGAAACGCGUAUAAUAUAGCUAUUGAAGAAAAGAGCCUCAGUUUCCUAAACAGACGAGAUAAAAUAAAUACAUCGUUUUAUCGCAUACAAAGUGUCCUGCUUUAGAUUUCCACCUAAAUUCCUAUCUGCAAAAUAAGCAGGCGUGUGCACGUAAUAAUAAUCGCUGUCGCAUGAGCGAGCGAGUAGAGUAGUACAGAUCGAUCGAUCGGCUACUCGCAGAGUAGGGUAACAUCGAUAAUAAUCUGAAAAGCCAUGAAAUCGCGUGCGCAUCGUCGUCGAUAAUUACGAUAAUGCAAAUCGCGUGCACAUCGUCGUUGCACACACAGGGGCAUAUAACAAUAAACGAGUAGAGCGCCGAGGCGCGCUGCAACAACGGAGAGCUCCUCCGCAUUAUUAUAUAUCGAUGCAUGUGCGGUCGUGGACGCAGCUCGACACGAGUCGCCCCACAUUUUGCGUGAUAUACAGGCGUGCACACACAUAGUCGCCCCUGAAAUCCAAAAUGGCGCAUAUCUGUCACGAUAUAUGUAUAUUCGCGCAGCAGUAGCAGCAGCAGCAAUUCGCCGUCGAGGGCCUGUUAGCCUGCCUCAUGCUCGCGAGCAGCACAGCGCAGGCAAAGCAAGCCAGGCCAGGCGCAGCGAUAUGGAAUCCGACCCCCCACCCCGUGUGUGUGGCGUGCUGCUGCUACUGUUGCUGCUCGCUCGCCACGAUCGUCAGACGAGUCGUUUUUCGUAGUGCCCGUCUCCGUCGUCUACGUCGUCGUUGUAGCCCCCUGACGCAGUUAAUACGGGAGAGUAGACCCAAACGCAGUCGCAGAGGCAGGGCAAAAGAGUCGCUCGCGCGGCCCGAGAAUCUGCGAGACAGAAAGAGAGAGAGAGAGAAAAAGCAGAGUUCGUGCUGUGUGCGUAUAACGCCAAAUGGCCAGUGUGCGAGAAACUAACGACGCGUAACACGCCUGCUGCUCUGCAUUCGCACUCCCAAAUAUAUACACACAUGUAUAUCGCAUAAACUACACAGUACAAUAUAUAGAUAUAACAAUAAUACUCGCGCGAGAUAAAAGUGAAUGUGCCUAUACAUGUAUUUGUGUCCCACAUCUAUACGUAUAUACGUUAACGACGGCGACGACGAAGACGACGCAAACCCGCGCUUACAAGCUACACGAGAGCGCGAGCAAAGAGGGAGAAAGUGUGCGUGCUUUUACGGAGUGAAAUGUGAUUCUCUUUUUUCGUUGAUGUACAAAAAAGAAUAAUAAGGCUGUGUGUCGUGCUGAGUUUUACGUAACGGGAGAAACGCAAACGGAAUCGAGAGAGGCAUCGACGGCGGGUCACGAUUUCGAUUCUCUCUCUGUGUGCUGCUGUACAGCGACGCUCCGUCAACGUCGACGUUUUGACCUCGUGAGAGAGAUCUCGACGUGCUCAGAGCCCACACAUACACGCACGCGCCCAGGCACACAUAUAGCAGCAGCAGCAGCGCUAUAACGAAUAUAUACAACACACUCCUCGCGUCGAGAGCGCAGUCGUGUGUAUAUAGCUAAAGAGCGUCAAAGCCCAAUUUAUAUAUAUAAUAAUAUAUAUAAAUAUAUACAACACACACACGCUCAGAGAGGCUCUCGUGCACGCGGCGCUACGAGAGUUGCAGUGCAGCAGCAGCGAAGGAGGAGAAGGCGGUGCAGCAGGAGGAUCACUCGCGAGUGCAGCAGCAGCAGCGAGCUUCUGGCGCAUCGUCGUCGACGCUCGUCGAUUGUUUUUCUUCGCGAAGAAACAAACGAAAAAAAAUUGGAGUGAUCAAUUUGCCGUACACCAUGGGCACGAGUCAGCAGUUUUCCCUGAGAUGGAACAAUUAUCUCAAACAUAUCACCUCGGCGUUCGACACGCUGAGGUGCGACGAGGAUCUCGUCGAUGUUACCCUCAGCUGCGAGGGCAAACGCAUCAGGGCACACAAAAUGCUUCUGUCGGCCUGCAGCACGUACUUCCGGGAUCUGUUUAAGGAAAAUCCUUGCCAGCAUCCCGUUAUUAUAUUUAGAAAUGUCAAGUUUGAUGACUUGGCUGCAUUAGUUGAUUUUAUCUAUCAGGGUGAAGUUAAUGUAGUACAAGAACAGUUGGAUAGUUUCAUGACUACUGCAGAGCUACUAGCUGUACAAGGCCUUACAGAUGGAACUAGAAGAGACGAUAGCGUAGAGGAGGAAGUAGAAAUACCCAGUGAACCUGAAGUACAACUUAGGAAUCCAUCUGGUAAACUUAUUACAAACAACAGAAGGCACAAAUCUCCAGCUUCUCCACAAGAAACGCACAGAUCUGAGGCUCCAGGACCUAAAAGAAGAAGGAUUCGGGAGAAUAACACACACACUGAAAAAUCUACCAGGCACACAGUGACUUCACCUAAAGAAUCAGAUAAUGGCAAAGUGGACCCAAAAGCAGGAUCCGAUCCGGUUGAAAUUAUUCCUAUCAUGCCAGGUCUAAAAAUGGAAAUACCUGAAUAUUUGGAACAAGAUGGGGGUAGUAGUUGUAGUUAUGAAGAACAAAGUGUAGAAUGUCCUAGAAUUGUGAUGGAAGAGGAAGAAAAUAUAACUGAUGGCGAUAAACCAGAUAUAGGGCAACCUUUUUAUCAAGCGGAUACCUUAGAUGUAUCCAAAUCAUCAGAUAUAGGAUAUUUACUUGCAAAACCUGGUACGAGUGCUGGAAACAGAACAUCACAUGAUUCUCGUGACUCACAUGAUCGUUCACUGGUCAUCGAGCAACCGUCACACUCGUGCAAACUCUGCGGUAAAUCGUUUUGGAAUCGCGAUUCCAUGUACAAGCACAUGAACAUGCACAAGGGAACGACCCAGUGUCCGGUCUGCCAGAAAGUGCUCAGUCGCACGACGCACAUGAAGCGUCACUUGAGAAAUCGGCACGGCUGGGUCGGCUCGAGCUCAGAUCCAAUCGCACCGCAGACCGCCGCCGCCUUGGCCGCAGCAGCAGCAGCUGCAGCAACCGCCGGUGCUGGUGGUGGAGCUACCAACGCCACGACGACCAUCGCCAACGCUACAUCGGCUACGUUGGCGACGACAACGACACCGGCUGGAGGAGCAGCGGCAUCGACGACGACGAGUGCCAAUCGCACGACGACGACGGCGACGAGUAACGCAGCCACCCCCUCGAGAAGCAGCAGCAGCGCCACCGGAGGCAACGGAGUCGAGACGUCGGCUGGGCCCGGAUUCACCACUAUACGCAUAAGAGAGAGUAGCGUCGAGAGAAUAACUUCUAGUCCCAUUCCUUAGUGACGAAGAUCGUCCGCAGGUGGUAAAAGACGAAGACGAUGAAUAAUGCGUUUAUCGAUUUUGCCGGCGAAUUAUCAUCAUCAUUAUUUAUUGUGAAACAAAGAAAAUAAAACGUCGUUGCAUGUGCAGCGUAGAUCGAUAUUUAUUAUGUUGCCUAUUGUGCUCCACGAGCUGCGAUAGUCGAAAUUCAAUUUACUAAUUACCAUGCGUCAACUAUACCUAGUCAUUUGUAAUAAGGAUGAGGAAUUCUUUGAUAUAUAUACAACAAAAAAUUAUAUAUAUACACACAUUAUUAUAUUAUGACUAUAGAUUAUAUCGGUUUGAGUGUGCGCUUGCAAAGAAAAUCCUAUACAAAAACAAAAAAAUUAUAAAUGUAUUAUAAAUCGUGAUGAAAGUAUAUAUUAUAUUAUAUACACGUCGCAAGGAUCAGCUGUUUUUGCAUGGAUAUAGCAUGCUGUGUAAACGUUGAACUCGCGCCAUACGAUGUGUAUCUCUGUGUAUAUGUGUUAUACUUGUGUGUGGGUGAGUCAAAUGCACACAACACGUGCGAUUUUGCGAUCGUUUGCAAUUCGGAAUGCGCCGCGGCGGUCCGCGCGUGCCGGAGCCAUUUAACAUAUGGAGAACAUUUGAAUUUUCAACCUCUUUUCGUUUGACCUUUGAUUCAGUGUGAAAUGACAUAUAAUAUGUGUAUUAUAUUUCUGAAAACACCCCCGUAAUAGCAUUUUACCAAGACAACAUUGUCACACAGGCGCUAUAACAAAAUGUCUAUAAUAUAUUUUUAACCAAAGAGUUUAGACAAAAAAAAGUAAUGCGAUUGUGAGGAUGACAAAUGAUUUCUUUCUUCUUCUUUUGUUUCAAUCUAGUCAAGGAGAAUUUUUGUCAGUACUUAUAGAAAAUGAAUUUAAUCAGAGACAAAACGAGAAAGUGGAAAAGUUGCGCGCGAGAAAGAGAGGAAUGUGCAUCUUCUAUUCCAUUGACUUUUAACGAAAUGUAUAGCGAGUUACAUUAUUAUCUAGAGACAACGUGAAUUUUCAUCCCGUUUGUGUAUGGAUGUUGAAUUUUCAUUGUGUAUAUCGUCGAUAAAAAAAACCGUUUUUUGAUUAAGUAGAUUAUAAUAUAAAUGACAAAUUUCACCUGCUAAUUGAUUUAAAAAAUUUACCAUUCACCACUCAUGAAUCACCUUUUUGUAUCGUAGUUGAUACAAAUUAUUACGUAAUGUCUUAAUGAGUGUGUUUGAAAACGAUGCCAUAACUAGUCUUAGAGAAAGAUUAUUUUUUCAAUGAUCUCUGAAAAGCUGAUGUAGAAAAAUUUUUCUCUGUGCUCAUUAUCAUUUACAUUUACUUUUUAAGCUACACAUUAACCUCAUAUCUUUGUUAAAAUCUUCAAAAAAAGUAAAUAAAUUUCUAAUUGUUACAUUUAUGAAUGUAAAAAAAAUCUCUUCGUAACUCUCGGACUCAUUCGUAAUUUAAUUGUUUAAUAAUUCAAUUCUUAUAAAUGGGUGUAAUAGCUUAAAAACUGUUGUUUCUAAAAUAAUGGUCAUUAUUUUUUAGGACAUAUAGUACAAUGAAUAAGCGCUAAGUACCAAAUAUCGGCGGUUUCUUUCAUCGUAAUAAAUUUUAAAAAUUUAUGUUGUUUAACUUAAUAGUUAAGUUUAAUAAUUGUAGUGCAAUGUCAUAUGUUUUACAGCUUAUUUAUUUAACUUAUUUAUAGCUUUAAACAUUAUUAUUUCGCGUAAGUUCACUCACUGGUGUUCAUUGAUAACGUGACCAAAGUCUUGUUUAACUUGAAAAAAAACGAUCGCGAAUUAAUUUCAACGUCGUCAAACAAGUGUCAUCUGCUUGCUCCAAUUUUACCAAAAAAAAAACACAAACAUUGUGAAAUCCAAAAAUAAGAUUAAGCGAUUAUUCACAGGAUUAACGUAAAUAACCACGAAUAUGCACAUUCCUCGUUAUUCAGUUUAAAUGUAAAAUUAAGUACAAGAAUGCCAAUUUUGAUUUUACUAUAAGUGAUGAUGUAGUAAAAUAGUUACAUUAUAGUUUUUAAUUAUUAAAAGAUACACACUCGCACAAUGGGAGUAUGAAAAACAAAUUUAAUGAAGCUAUGAUUUACAAGUAUUUAUGUUAAACUUACUAAAAUAUGUAAGUAAAAAAAAAAUAUAUGUGUGAAUAAAGUUUAAAAAUAUCUAUGCACAAAA